AUGUGUGGCAUUUGUUGUGUGGUCAGCCUGUCCCUUUGUCCUCCUGACAGUUCGCUCUUGAAAGAGGGCACCACGCACAAUCUUAGAAGAAGAGGACCGGACAGCAGCCAACAGCUGGUCAAAUCCGUCCUCCGUCCGCCAUAUCACUGCUUAUUUUCUGGCCAUGUGCUUCACUUAAGGGGGCUACUGACUCCUCAGCCCCUAGAAGACCCUGCGACUGGAAACGUGUUUCUUUGGAAUGGAGAAAUCUUCGGUGGAAUCCACGUCGAGAUGGAAGAGAAUGACACUCAAGCUCUGUUCCGCCAUCUUUGUUCAUGCAGUAGCGAAUUGGACGUUCUGUCGGUCCUGUCCUCAGUUCGGGGUCCGUGGUCGUUCGUGUUUUAUCAGGCGUCCAGACAUUACUUAUGGUUUGGAAGAGAUUACUUUGGCCGCCGCAGUUUGUUGUGGCAGUUCAAUAAGGAGCAGGGCUGUGUCCUCGUUCUCUCUUCCGUGAGCGCCGUCUCUGAAACUGACACCCAGUGGCAGGAAGUUCCAGCGGCUGGAAUCUUCAGAUUGGAUCUCCAGGUCUGUGCUGCAUCUGAAGGUUUGGUUUUGACGUUGCAUCCAUGGAGAUAUUCCUCCAAUGAGAAUGUAACUGAAGAAGCGAACGUCGGUGACCGAAAUCUAUCUUUGAGAGAUUUGUCAAGUCAUGUGUCUUUCAAAGUGAACGAAUGCCCCUCAUUGGUCGUGCCUGUGCUUCCUUUAAACAUGGCUCUUGACGUGCCAGAGGAGCCCCGCUUCUCUGAUUUUGCCGAUAAUGAAGCCAGCAUUGGGAUUCUUCGGAGCUUUCUUUCCGAGCACCGCAAGAAGAGACUAGUUCACCAGUUUAUUGAUGUUUUGAGCAGAGCCGUAAAAAAGCGAGUCUUAUGUGUGGUUAGAGAUACGGAUCGAUCAGAAGGAGAAAUGUCCAAGGCCGCUCUGAGGAGAACCCAUGUUGCCGUACUGUUUUCCGGGGGUAUCGAUUCCGUUCUUCUAGCGAGGCUGGCGGAUAGGCACGUGCCGUUGGACGAACCCAUCGAUCUUCUCAACGUGGCCUUCGCCAGUCCCAACCUAGUUGGACAAAACCAUUCCACUCAGAAACGCUGCAAGGAGAAAAGACGGUUGCCUAGUUCAGAAUGCCUUAACAAUGCUGAUACGGAAACCCGCGAUCCUUUGUCCUGUUUUAAUGUGCCGGACAGAAUCACAGGCAGGGCAGGACUGGAAGAACUCAAAGCAUUGAAUCCUUCCAGGUGUUGGAAUUUCGUGGAAAUCAAUGUUACCCUUGAGGAACUGAAAGCCACGAGACGGCAACAGAUAAGCCACUUGGUUUACCCGCUGGACACCGUUUUGGACGAUAGCAUUGGUUGCGCUGUCUGGUUUGCCGCCAGAGGAGAAGGUCUGGUUACUAACCAGGGGGACGCAAGACCUUAUAAAAGUCCCACAAAGGUUGUGCUUACGGGAAUCGGAGCUGAUGAACAGCUCGCUGGCUAUUCGAGACACCGUGUUUGCUUUAAAAAAUAUGGUUUCGAGGGCUUGAACAAAGAACUACAAAUGGAACUGGGCCGUAUUUCCUCUAGAAACCUUGGCCGAGACGACAGAGUGAUUGGAGACCAUGGCAAGGAAGCGAGAUUUCCGUUUCUGGACGAAGCGGUCGUGUCUUUUCUGAACUCUCUCCCCGUGUGGGAAAAAGCGGACUUGACGCUCCCUCGAGGCGUUGGAGAGAAAUUGCUGCUGCGCCUGGCAGCUGUGGAGCUGGGCCUGAUGGCCUCGUCCAUCCUGCCCAAAAGGGCCAUGCAGUUCGGUUCCAGGAUUGCAAAACUGGAGAGCGGCACCGAAAGGGCAUCAGACAAAUGCGUGCGCCUCCAGUCGGGUGCAGAAGAGGAGCUCCCUGCCAAGGGCUCGAAGCCACUUUAA